AGAUGGAGAAGGACAAACGAGAAAAGGAACAAAACAAAAGCCAGCUUAGCUGCGUUGCAAUUUGCAAGCCAUUCAGAUUGGGAAGGAAGAAGAAACUGUGUCGAUUCAAAUCAAAUUGAAUCGAAUCGAAUCCCUAUUUGUUGUUGCUGCUGGAAUCGGAAUCGGUUUGGAAGUGACAAGCAACGCACAUCACAUGAUCAGACAACAGAAACAGUAGUAACAACAACAGAAAUCUAAAGGGAAAACAAUGGGGAAGAAUCAAGCCUACAAAGCUAUGCAGAGGGCCAGGCUCGGCGGCGCCUCCGCCGGCCCCGACGAGAUUGAAGACGGCAUGGUGGAUGGUUCAUUUCAUUCACCAGAGUGGCAUGCUGCUCGUUUGGCUAGCCUUAACACUUCUCACACAAUUACCUGGGAGGAGUUCAAAAAGAAACAGAAGGAAGAAGAAAUGAGAAAAGGGGAGUUGGAAGCAGAUGCAGAUAGGAUGAUGAGAGAGUACAGAGCUCAACUAGAUGCUGAAAGGGCCCGCAAACUUUCGCAAGGAAGGAACCAUUCUGGUAGUAAGUCCAAACUCAAAGUUAAGAAGGACAAAAUUUCAAAGAAGCACAGCAGCAGAAAGCGAAAGCAUUCAAGAAGAUCUUCAUCUAGCUCCUCUUCAUCCUCCUCCUCAUAUUCUUCCAGUAGCGAUGAAGAAAGAGGGUCAAGAAGAUCCAAGUCCAGGUCCAAGAGAUCAAAGAAGGAAAAGAAGGCAAAGUCAAGAACAAAGGAUUCUGGAACUGAUGAUGAAGAUGGUGGCCCAGUUCGCCUUUCAAAAUUUUUUGGGAAUGUCAAGAGUUGAUAGGUGAUUUAUUCAAUACUUGGUUGUGUAUCAUAAAAAUUGUUCUAUGCAAAUAGUAAAUUCUGGUCUGCUGCUUUCAUGAUCAACGUAUUCUUUCUCUACAGAUUUGUAAUUGCAUGUCAUAUUAUGUAUUCUCUUUCAGAGAGAUUAUUUUAUUGUCUUGGGUUAACCUGUGAGAUUGGAGUGACCAUUGAGUAUCAA